AUGAGGAGCCGCCGCCGCCGUUGCUCGCCGGCGACGGCGUCCCCAGUGGAAGACGAGAAUCUUCUCCCGGAGAUCCUCCUGCGCCUCCCUCCGGACCCAUCGUCACUCCCCCACGCCUCCCUCGUCUGUAAGCGCUGGCGCAGCAUCCUGUCCGAUCCGGACUUCCUCAAGCGCUUCCGCAGGCACCACCAAAAACCUCCACUGCUCGGCUUCUUCAGAGGUAAUUCAAUGAGCACAGAGCACCACUUCACUCCUGUGCUCGACUCGCCGGACCGCAUCGCUGCAGCCCGCUUCUCCGUGCCCAACAACAGCAACAAACACUGGAACUUCGUAGGCUGCCGCCACGGCCUCGCCAUCCUAGUCAACAUGUGGCUUCAUCAGGUGAUGGUGUGGGAUCCCCUCACCGGACAAGAGCACCGUGUGGCUUGUCCUCCUGGGCUGGUGUUCGACCCGGAGGUCCACCUGGUGUACUGGGAGGCCGCGGUGAUGUGCGCUGAUGCCCAAGACGGGCACGUGCAUGGCGAUUGCUUCUCGAGACCGCUCAAAUUGGUCUUGAUCUGGGUCAUUGGAUACAGAAAAGCAUUCGCUUGCCUCUAUGAAUCGGCAUCUGGUUUAUGGGGAGACAUUGUCUCCAUGGAGUCAACAGACAUGAUGUUUGGCAUAAGGCCUGGCAUCCUUGUUGGGAGUGCACUUUGCUGGGUGCUUUGUGGUGGUAACGUCCUUGUGUUUGAUGUUGAAAGUCAGCACCUUGAUUUGAUCAAGAGGCCGGUAGACUGCCCUAUGAACACCACCUCCUAUGGAUUUGUUCAGGUCUUAAGGAUGGAUGAUAACAGACUUGGCCUCGCAUAUUUGUCAAAACUAACCAUCCUGUUAUGGGAGAGGAAAUCAAACUGUGAUGGCGUUGUCACAUGGGUGUUUCUGCAGAAAAGUAUUCAAUUGCAGGAGCUCUUUCCGCAUAGAAUGUUUAGUCGUUGCAAAAAGAUGAUAAUAACGGGGUAUGAUGAGGACACAAAUGUGAUUGUUCUGUCUACGAUCCGCGGUGUCUUCACGCUCCAACUUGACUCGAUGCAGAUCAAACAUAUUUGCAAACGAGGUGGCUUAUGUUUGGACACUUUCUAUCCACACACAAAUUUCUAUACUACAGGGGAGUUGGCUGGAGACUGCGCGAAUCUGAAAUGUGAACACAUGAGAUGUACUAAUAUUCUAUCUUUGUUGAAAAAGUGAGGAAUACAAGACCAACAUUCAGAGAGGAUAUAUUUGCCUUCGUGGGUAAAAACUAUGGUCCUUAAAAGCACAAUGAAGGAACAAGGAGACAUGUCAAAAUAGAGUGUCCUGAUGUUUUUUCUUUCUGAAUUUGCCCAUGUUACAUUCAUGUGAUGUACCAUCGAACCUCAAAUAGUAUUUGACCCGAAAAAAUAUCUUGAUGUAUGUAUUGUCAAAUGGCAGUCCAAUUCUGGAACUUGCCAUUGAUUUUUUUUCUUGU